AUGAUCAGUGCCCUCGACGGUGCCCGUAGGGAGAACUGCAGGAGAUCCUCGACGGCCCAGCCAGAUGACGACAAGGACGGUGACGACGGCACCUCCUGCGCCGUGGCCGAGACCGGCACCGCCUUGGCGACGAUGGCGGCGCUGUCUGGGGAGGUGGUUCAGAUGCUCAGUGCGGCUAGGGGCAAGUGGAGAGAGAUGGGUUGGCACGCCACGGGAUGGAUCUUCCUCAACGCCUUCAUCGGGUACGCGGUGCCAAUGAGCCUAUACUACUAUGAUCUUCGUGAUACAACGCCAGCUUAUGCCGUCAUCUUUUUGAACAUAAUUCCGCUGGUCACAUUCAUUCUCUCGCUCGUCUUCAGAAUGGAGACAUUGCAAAUCUUGAGCAUAGCUGGAUCACUCAAGGUCGUAGGCGUCAUACUUUCGGUUGGAGGUACAAUGCUCAUCAGCCUUUACAAGGGCAAGAUACUGCAUCUUUGGAAACCCGUUCUGCGCCACAUGGGGCAAAACACGACGGAGGUUGCAGGCAAUCAUCUAAGAGGGGCAAUAUUCUUGGUAGGCAGCAGCAUCACACUUGCUUGCUGGUACCUGAUUCAGUCAAAGGUUAUGAAGGUGUAUCCAUACAAAUACUGGUCGUCCAUGGUGACAUGUUUGGUUGGAGGAUUUCAAACAGCACUAGUUGGAAUAAUAUUGAGUAGGGACAAAAGUGCAUGGAAGCUAGGAUGGGAUCUCAACCUUCUGACCAUCUUCUACUCUGGGGCACUUGCAACGGCUGGGAAAUAUAGCUUGAACUCAUGGGUCGUCGCCAAGCGAGACCCAGCAUAUCCUCCAAUGUUCAGCCCAUUGUCAGUGGUAUUCACUGUUUUGUUGGACUCCAUCUUUAUAUGCGACGAGAUUACGACAGGAAGCUUGUUCGGCACAACAGUGGUGAUUGCUGGGCUCUACAUUUUCCUAUCAGCAAAAUCAAAAGAAGUGCGGGACAAAUAG